UUUGAUGUUUGCGUGCUUGAAGGUACGGGAGAUGCGUCAUCCCCUGGAACCUGCGAACUUCCUCUCUGCUUGUCUGGGUCAUCCUGUCUGCCCGUCGCUGGCCCCAGGCUCGCUCUCUGGCCCCAGCUCUAUCUCACUCUCUCUCUCAGCAGCUGUCUCUCUCGUGCCCACUGGCCUCUCUCCUGUCUCUCUCCGCAGUCGCCUCCUUCUCCGCCUGCCUGGGUGGCCACCAUGGGCCGGAAGCGGCUCAUCACUGACUCCUAUCCUGUAGUGAAGAGGAGGGAGGACCCUGCUGGACACAGCAAAGGGGAGCUGGCACCAGAGCUAGGCCUGGCCUUGGAAGGCAGGGGAGUGGUGAGGACUGGCGAGCAGCAGGACAGCUGUGAGGCAUGGGGCACAGGCCUGGGCAGGCCUGAGGAGCAGCUUGUCAUUGCAGGGGAAGAGCCCCAGCCCUUGAGCGUGGACGAAGCGGAGCUGGAGCUGCUGAGGCAAUUUGACUUGGCCUGGCAGUAUGGGCCCUGCACAGGGAUCACUCGGCUGCAACGCUGGCAUCGGGCACAGCAGAUGGGCUUGGACCCUCCCCCAGAAGUGCAUCAGGUGCUGCAGACCCACCCUGGAGAUCCCCGCUUCCAGUGCAGCCUCUGGCAUCUCUAUCCCCUUUGAGGCACCACCUAAGACUUCCUGCCCACUACCUGAGAACCUCAGGACACAAGGGAGAGCCAGUUGCGGCCCCUCAACUCAGCUCUGCUGUGGAGAACGUUUGGCAGGAAAAAGUCUCACAGGGAAGGAAGGAGCCUGAAUCUGGUCUCUGCAAUCAGCCCUCCAUCUAACCAGCAGGCUCCCAGAACCCCUCUGAGAGCUGACGAGCAUCUCCUCCAUGAGAAGUGGUCCCUGAGGACAAGGACCUGGCCAUGACCAUUCCGAUGCCUGCCACACCGCCUCCCUGCCGCCUCUCUGAUCUGAAGACUGCGGCCCUGGGGACGGUGUAGCAACUUAGGCACAGUCUGCUCGAGCAGACUCAGGCAGAUGCACUCCCCACCUAAGACUGGGAAUAUGAGGACAGCACUGGCUGAGCUCACAGGGCAAGUGGUUCACUAAUGCUUAUCAAUAAAGAACACCCUGGAAGCCUGA